AUGUCAAAGAAUAUCGUUGUCUUACCAGGUGAUCAUGUCGGUACUGAAAUUACCAAUGAAGCGAUCAAAGUUUUGAACGCUAUUUCAGAAGCACGCCCUUCUAUCAAGUUUAAUUUUGAACAUCAUUUGAUUGGUGGUGCUGCAAUUGAUGCUACUGGUGUGCCAUUGCCAGACGAAGCUUUGGAAGCUUCCAAGAAAGCUGAUGCAGUAUUAUUGGGUGCAGUUGGUGGUCCAAAGUGGGGUACAGGUUCCGUUAGACCUGAACAAGGUUUAUUGAAGAUCAGAAAGGAAUUGGGAUUAUACGCUAACUUGAGGCCUUGUAAUUUUGCUUCAGACUCUUUGCUUGAUCUAUCUCCAUUGAAACCUGAGUACGCCAAGGGAACUGACUUUGUUGUCGUUAGAGAAUUGGUGGGUGGUAUCUACUUUGGUGAGAGGAAGGAAGAUGAAGGUGAUGGUGUUGCUUGGGAUUCUGAAAAGUACAGUGUACCAGAAGUUCAAAGAAUCACCAGAAUGGCUGCAUUUUUAGCUUUACAACACAACCCACCUUUACCAAUCUGGUCAUUGGAUAAAGCAAAUGUCUUGGCAUCAUCUAGAUUGUGGAGAAAAACAGUAGAAGAAACCAUCAAGAAUGAGUUCCCUCAAUUGACCGUCCAACAUCAAUUGAUCGAUUCCGCUGCUAUGAUCCUCGUCAAGUCUCCAACCAAGUUAAAUGGUAUAGUUAUUACGAAUAACAUGUUUGGUGAUAUCAUUUCUGAUGAAGCUUCCGUCAUUCCAGGUUCAUUGGGCUUACUACCAUCCGCUUCUUUGGCCUCGCUACCAGACACCAACAAAGCAUUCGGUUUGUACGAACCAUGUCACGGUUCUGCACCCGACUUACCAGCAAAUAAGGUCAACCCAAUUGCAACAAUUCUAUCUGCAGCUAUGAUGUUAAAACUUUCCCUAGAUCUAGUGGAAGAAGGUAGAGCCGUUGAAGAAGCCGUUAGAAAAGUUUUGGAUUCUGGAAUCAGAACUGGCGAUCUAGGCGGUUCCAACUCUACCACGGAGGUUGGUGACGCUGUUGCAAAGGCUGUAAAGGAGAUUUUGGCAUAA